AUGGGGAACCCACUCUCUCCGAUGAUAGCCGAUCUGGUAAUGGAAGACAUUCUUGAUCAGGCAGUAGAGGCUGUACCAUUUCCAAUUCCAUAUAUAAAAAAGUAUGUGGAUGACUUGUUCCUCGCUCUUCCAGAGGAUAAAAUUGAAAUGGUCCAAGAACUCUUCAAUGGUCAAGAUGAAAACCUACAGUUCACAAUUGAACGAGAAAAGGAAAAUCGCUUGCCGUUCCUGGAUAUGGUUUUAACCAGAAACCUAAACCAAGCUAUUACGACAGAAUGGUAUAUGAAACCAAUAUCAUCGGGACGGUUUCUUAACUAUCGAUCUCUUCACUCUUUUUCGCAAAAAAUGAAUGUUGCUUUCAAUUUCGCCAAACGGGUGUACACGUUCUCAACGAACAGUAGAGAUAACGAAGUUGAAAGUGUGAUACGUCGCCAACUCCUGAUUAACGAUUAUCCGAACACGUUGAUCAGUCGAGUCAUCAAUAGAGUGAAACUACGUAGACAAGAAGUGGAAACAGCUAUGGAAGCGAACGAAAACAGACCAGAUGAGGGAGAAACCGUUUUUCGUUCGCUCACCAAUAUCGAAGGACUCUCACAACAGAUAAUAAAAACACUGAGAAGGGAAUAUCCUACACGAAUAGCCACCAAAACAACAAAUACGGUUGGCGCAAUACUACCACCAAUUAAGGACAAGACAGAUAAUGACGACCAAAGUAAUGUAAUAUACAAGAUCGACUGCAACAACUGUGAUGGCUGCUACAUUGGAAUGACAACGACGAAGCUGAAAACACGCAUAUCGGGACAUCGCUCAAAUGUACGCAGCCUGACGACACUAAGAGAAGCAGGACACACCAAUUCGGACGCAGCGAUCAUUAGUAUUAGAGAAAAGACAGCGCUAGUAGACCACACAGCAGAAAAUGACCAUGUAUUCAGACUAGACGAUGUAAAGAUAUUAGAUAGGACACAAAAACCAUCAAAUCUUCCCAUCUUGGAAAGCUGUUACAUAUACAACACGCCACACACGGUAAACAAACGUACUGACACAGACAAUCUGAACGUAGUCUACGCUGGUCUACUCCACUCUAUAACAAACCUAAAAAGAACGAGAACGAAUAACCAAAACAGAACCAAUGUAAACAUAACACGAACCAACCACACUGACACAAUUAUAACCGACCAUACAACACACGAAUAGAACGAACUUUAAACUGUCAUUUUGAAAACUAUACGCAAAAGUAGUGGAUUGCGGUCCGGGUUCAGACUACCAAAUCAGUUUUUCGAAAUUUGAAGGUUUUUCCGGUUCCAAAAAACGGACAAAUUUGUAAGUAGUAAGUGACAAUUAGGUAUUCCUUAAUUAACAAUAACUUCUUAUAGCAAAAACAAGGAAUGACAGUUAAAAUGUUUCAAAAAACAACUACUAGACGAAGAAACAACAACUUAUUCGGUAUGUGUUAAGUGUUGCGUAAUGUGUUAAAAACCAAUGUAAACGUCCAAUAAAAUUACAGAUUCCCUGAAGAAGAUCCAAUAAGGAUCGAAACGUUGGAAAUAGAAAACAUAUAGUUGUUUUUGAUCCCCGAAAAGACUGAAACGCCACAAAAAUACCCAAAAAGGCUAACUAUAUCGGUAAAGUAGAUUUUUACUAUUUUGGUCGGUAAAAUAGCUCUGAAUGAUAACUUAUUGAUAACAAAACCAGAUAUCAAUCAACUAUAUUGUUUCAUGUUGAUAACAAAAUGUAAUAUAGUACAAAACACUGUAUAACACAAUUAGUUAUCAACUUGAACUCAAUGAUAACUUAAUUUCUUAUCAUUUUGGUAUUCGUGGAGUAAAUUUGAGUUAUCAUUUUUGUUAUGUUGGCUCUUAAUUCAACCUAAAUGAUAACAAACUCAAUUAUCAAACGAAUGAUAACCAGGUAACAGAACUUGUUAUCAUUUUGUUAUCCGCCUUUGCUCGGGUUGACUUAGCCACUGAAAAGUGAAAUCCAACCAAAGUCGCAAAAGUUGAACUACUAUUGGUGAACAAACCUAAGUGGCAGUGCAGUGCACACACGGUGAAACGGAUCGAGCAAGUGUUUGUCUCUUUGGCCAACGAAAAUUGAACAAUCGAAAUGGGUUGGUUUAGUGACACAUUUAUCACCCACAAUGAAGUAAGCACCACCGAAAUACGUAUCGUCGCUGGAACAGCAGUGAUUCUGCUAGUAGUGUUGUUGGCGUACAUGUGCUUAAGAAUGCAUGGCAAAUUCACAAACGCAAAAAUACAGGAUAGGGGCUGUCCAUAAACCACGUGGUCCGAGGGGGGGGGAUGUUUUCGGCCAAUGACCAUUUUGUAUGGACAAAAAAAAAUUUGUAUGGACUAAUGACCACGCGGGCCCAUAUAGCCGAGGCGGUAAACGCGCGGGUAUUCAGCAUGACCAUGCUGAGGGUGACGGGUUCGAUUCCCGGUCGGUCCUGGAUCUUUUCGUAAAGGAAAUUUCCUUGACUUCCUUGGGCAUAGAGUAUCUUCGUGCCUGCCACACGAUAUACGCAUGCAAAAUGGUCAUUGGCAGAGGAAGCUCUCAGUUAAUAACUGUGGAAGUGCUCAUAGAACACUAAGCUGAGAAGCAGGCUUUGUCCCAAUGAGGACGUUACGCCAAGAAGAGAGAGAAGAGAGAGAGAGAAUGACCACGCGGGGGGGGGGGGUUGAAAAGUCCCAAAAAAAUAACCACGUGGUUUAUGGACAGCCCCAUAGAGUGCAACGAGAAAUCCGACUCAAUAAUUUGAGCGCUAGUAAAGUGGUGUAGUGCAGGAAUUAUGCACGAACAUACAAACUUUCAAUGUUAAAAACUAAACUCUUUGUGUAACGUUAACGAAAACCAGCGUACAUAUAGACAAUAGUGCAGUGCGUUAAGUUCAAUGGAGACGAGACAAAAAUGAAGUGCUGUAGCCAAAGACGAGCUAAAUUAUUAUCAACAACAAGAAACAGGCGAAGGAAGAGCCAAUUAUGAGUUAAUAAGCAACGACGAAGAUUAACCAGGGAAGAGCCAAAUUAUCAUCAACAACAAGAAACAGGCGAAGGAAGAGCUGAUUAUGAACGACAAAGAUUGGCCAAGGAAGAGUCAAAUUGUCAUCAACACCCGUGGAUUUUGGAGAUCGGUGCGCUAUGACCCAGCGCUAUAGACGACGUUGCUGAUGAUGUGCUGUACACUGCGAGUGGUAAAUUAAGGUACUGCGAAUCUUGAAAUGUAAAUAGUGGAUCCAGCCUUGAAUUGAUUACUAGAUUAUAUACCCAAACUAAAAAUCAUGUGCGAUUUCAAAGUGUAAUGGACAUAAUAGAAAGUAAUUUAGCUCAAUUAAAAAUUAUUCAAACGAAUUUGAGAAAAGCUCCUAAUCGGAAAUAUCGCAGAAGUACCCUACUAAAUAAACUUGCGGAAGUUCAAACUCUUAGAAAUAAUAUAAAUAAUGAAUUAAUUACCUUUGAAAACACUAUUGCUAUUGGGACAUUUGAUCAAAUUAGAAAAAUGGAAAGGUCGCUAACUGGUGAAUUACAGCUUACUAUUGACCAAAAAUUAGCUAACCUGGGUGAUAAACCUGAUAUAACAUUAAAAAGCUUAGGAAAACUUAUUGUCAUUGGUUAUCGAUUAACCAAAUCUGCAAAAAUGACAACGCUUAUAGAAACAGUUAAGACUGUAACCGCACUUUUGCCUACGUACGAUGGCACACCUAGUAAACUGAGAAUUUUUUUGGACGCACUUGAAGUCGUCAAACUGAUUGCCACAAAAGCAGAUCAAUUACAGACGGUAAUUAACAUUGUUUUAACAAAAUUGGAAGGGCGAGCAAGACAUGCUUUCCCGGCAGCACCUGAAACUGUUGAUGAAAUCAUCACCAAACUAAAAGAGGUGUCGUCACCGAUUCCUCCCGAGACUAUCAUUGCCAAAUUGUCCUCUUGUAAUCAGAGAAAUAAUAUCGCUGCAUACACUAAGGAUGUCGAAGAACUAACAAUGCAACUUGAAGCGGCGUAUAUAGCAAAAGAAAUUCCUACGGCCGUAGCUCAAUCAAUGGCUACGAAAGAAGGAAUUAAAUACUUAACUGCGGGACUGAAAGACGAAAAAACUUCCAUCAUUAUCAAAGCGGGCCAGUUUAAAUCAAUUACAGAAGCAAUUAACUAAACCCUUAAAGAGUCUCCUCAGAGCUCAAAUGUGGUAACAGUACAGUAUGCAAGAAGCCACCCUAGACAAUAUCAGUCUAGAUGGCAAGCAUCUGGAAAUCAACAGUCCAAUCGAUUCCAUAAUUCAAACUACCGUGGUGGACGCUAUAAUUAUCGCACCCAAAAUAAUCAGCGGUACCAUGAUCGCCCACAAAAUAGUGAAAACCGUGAAAAUCGAGAUAGCAGAAACGAAAAUUUUAACACUCAUCGGCGGUAUGGUAAUAAUCAAUAUCGUGGGAGCAGAGGUCGAGGUGGACCUCCUCCUCAACGAAACGUGUAUGUUUCGGAAAACGGCAGAGGGCCUUCGGAAAAUCCCCAAGCCGAGGCACGACAAGGCAACGGGGAGACAACAUUUCCAAACAGGGAGUAAAUGUGUUUAACUGUGACUUAAAUUACUCCAAUUUCGUUCAACUUAGAGUAGAUAUGUGCGAGAAACCUGUAAAUUUAACUGUAGACACUGGUGCGGAUGUGUCCAUAAUUAAAGAAAAUUUAUUAAAUGAAUUCCAAAAAAUAUAUAUUAAACAAAAGUGCACCAUUAAAGGGGUGACCGAUGGGAAAAUUGAAACUAUCGGAAGCACACCCACGAACAUAAUAAUUGAUAACACUUCCAUAGCACAUAACUUCCAAGUUGUUACAAAAUAUUUCCCGAUUCAAACAGAUGGUAUACUUGGAAGGGAUUUCUUAGCCAAGCAUGGAUGCAAUAUUUGUUUGAAAACUUGGCUUAUAACAUUUGAAAUUGGUCGAAAAAGAUUUGAAGUACCAAUAGAAGAUAAAUUUAAUGGUAAUAUAGCCAAGCAUGGAUGCAAUAUUUGUUUGAAAACUUGGCUUAUAACAUUUGAAAUUGGUCGAAAAAGAUUUGAAGUACCAAUAGAAGAUAAAUUUAAUGGUAAUAUAGUUAUUCCUCCAAGGUGUCAAGUCAUCAAAAAGUUAAAAUUAUCCCACGUAAAGGAAGGCAGUGUAAUUCUGUCCAAGCAAAUCAGAUCAGGAGUGUUCUGCGCCAAUACCAUAGUUGGUCCUGAGGCACAAUAUGUAAAAUUUGUAAAUGUUAAUUAUAAUGCCGAAGUAAUCCCACAUAAUUUUGACGUUUUGAAAAUUGUACCAAUCAGAAAUUACUCUACAUUACCGCUAGAUAAACAUGAAAAUAAUGACAACGAUAGGGUUCAACAGCUAAUGAAUGAACUUAAUUUACAAAGCUCAUUGCCAGAAGACAAGCGGAAGCUGGGAGACUUAUGCGCAAAAUUUAAUGAUAUCUACGCAUUGAAAAAUGACACACUAACAGCGAAUAACUUUUAUAAACAAAAAAUUCAUUUGGAGGAAAGUAAUCCAGUUUAUAUAAAAAAUUAUAGAUUACCGGAGGUUCACAAGCAAGAAAUAAAUAACCAAGUGAACAAAAUGCUUCAUGAUAAAAUUAUUCAACCAUCCAUUUCACCUUUUAAUUCACCAAUUCUUUUGGUGCCCAAAAAAUCCAACACUGACGAAAAGAAAUGGCGCACGGUGUCAAAAUUUUGAUUAUUAUCGAACUUUCAUGUACUUCGGAUUUUUCUUCAUAGAAUGUUAGAAUUUCGGCUAUAAUGUAUAAAUGCAAAAUUUGAAAAUAUUUUAUCGGGGAAAAUUUGAGUUAGGUGAAUUUUUGGCUAUUUUCCAUACUUAAAAUCAAUAACUACUAUUUUAGUCCAAAAAACGUCCCAUACAAAAUGUAUGGAAAAAUUUUCGCCGAUGAAAUAUUUUCUAGUUGUCCGACUAUGACUAUUGUCAGAUUUCUUGAAACGUAAACACCGCGCGGUCGUUGAAAUGUUUCAAAAAGGGGCUUUGCACAAAAGUUCACGCGGUCUAUCGUUUUCGAAAGGAACAGCCGCACCGUAGGAAAUGCCGCAAUGUUAUUUCCCAUAAGGAUGAAGUAAACUGGGAGUGAAAAUCGCGGCUGUACCUUUCGGAAGCGAUAGGCCGCGUGCACUUUUGAGCAAAUCCCUCAAUAUAUAGCCCAAAAACUAAUCAUUUUCGAAGAAAAAUCCGAGGUACAUGAAUGUUCGAUAAUAAUCGAAAUUUUGACACCGUGUGGCGAUUAGUCGUUGAUUUUCGUCAGCUCAAUAAACAAAUAAUACCGGAUAAAUUCCCACUUCCACGUAUUGACGAAAUCCUAGACCACAUUGGACGAGCAAAAUAUUUUACUACUUUGGAUUUAAUGUCCGGGUUUCAUCAAAUUGAGCUCGACAAUAUUGCGACAUCUGCACCCAUUUAGACUCGGCCCAAAUUCAUUAUUAUCACAGUCGAAUUUCUCACACGACUUCGCAGCGGGUAAAUAGCGUUCACAAGUUCGACUGAGUUCAUGACAGGGGCGUCGGAUGCAGAACAGGUAAACAAAAUAAGUUUGAUUAGUGUGAACUGUCUUUGGGAAAUGAUGAUUCUGUGGAUUAUCAAAUUAUCACAGUAGUCUAAAUAUCUUUGAGAAACCCAAUAGGGCACUGCAUUGUUAUGAUUUAGUAUGGGAUUUUGACGUUUCUUGGCCUUGUUGUUUACAUAAUUUCUGUAAGAGUGAAAGAGAAGGAGAGAAUUUCAUGCAGUGCCCUAUAAGUCAAAACGAUAUACAGCCUUCUCCAGUCCUGAUGGACAUUACGAGUUCAAUCGCCUACCAUUCGGAUUGAACAUAUCACCUAACAGCUUCCAGAGGAUGAUGACGAUUGCGCUCAGUGGACUACCACCAGAGUGCGCGUUUCUUUACAUUGACGAUAUCAUUGUCAUGGGUUGUUCCGUCAGUCAUCACCUGAAAAACCUGGAAUGCGUGUUUACCAAAUUACGAGAACAUAACUUGAAACUUAAUCCCUCGAAAUGUGUCUUCUUUGAAUCAGACGUUACGUAUUUGGGUCAUCAUAUUUCUGAAAAAGGCAUCCAAGCAGAUAGGUCGAAAUUUUCCGCAAUAGAAAAUUAUCCCACACCGAAAGAUGCAGACGAAGUUCGUCGAUUUGUCGCGUUCUGUAACUAUUACAGACGAUUUAUUCAAAAUUUUGCAGAGAUUGCCUACCCUUUAAACAAAUUAUUACGAAAAAAUAUAAAAUUUGAUUGGACCUCAGAAUACCAACUUGCAUUCGAUUCUCUGAAAAAAACAAUUAGUAUCACCUACCAUACUACAAUUUCCUUAUUUUAAAGAACAUUUUACCCUGAUAACCGACGCUUCAAAAAUUGCAUGUGGUGCAGUCCUUACUAAAAAGCAUAAUAAUAUUGACUAACCAAUUGCGUUUGCGAGCAAAGCAUUCACAAAAGGUGAAGCGUGAAGCCAAUAAAUCAACUAUUGAACAAGAGCUCACUGCAAUUCACUGGGCUAUUAUUAAUUUUCGUCCCUACCUUUACGGUCGUAAAUUUACUGUGAAAACAGACCAUAGGCCGUUAGUAUAUUUGUUUUCAAUGAAAAACCCUUCUUCUAAAUUAACCAGGAUGAGAGUAGAUCUCGAUGAGUUUGAUUUCGAUGUACAAUAUGUGCCUGGAAAGACAAACUUUGGAGCUGAUGCUCUGUCUAGAAUCAAAGUUGCUACCGAAGUCUUGAAAGACAUGUCUGUUCUUAUGGUACAAACAAGAGCAGCAGCAAAGAAAAAUGAAAAUAAUACCGAUAAUGACAUACAAGUGAAUUCCGGCAAUGAAGAGACUGAUCACCUCAACAUCCGAGACUCACUCAACUACUAUGAAACAUACAACCUUCCUAAAUUAGUCAUUGAGCGCUCAGCCACACGAGAUGGUAUUUUAAUUGACAUAAUGGAUAAAAGCUAUAAAAGGGAGUUGACUCAAGCGUCAAUCAUCCACAUAAAGCUAUCCGAAGUAAAUGAGAAUCUAAGUAAAAUCGUGAAACAAAUUGAAGCAAUUGCAAAUAAGCUGAAGGUGAAGUUGUUAGCUCUAGCGUUGACUAACGAAAUCUUCCAAAUAACUGAUAUUCAAACUUUCAAGCAAGUUUGUAACAACGAAUUGAAGAAUUUAAACAUCUUGAUUUAUCAACCACCACAGUUGGUUGUUAACAAAGAUGAAAUAGAAAACAUAAUUAAAUCAUACCAUAAUACAUGCACAGACAAACAGACGUAACACUUCGAACAUUUUUCGAUUCAAAUCAUAGUCACGGAAAAAUAUUCGCCCAAUGCUAAAAGGACUAAGUUUGGCCGACCACCAACUAGGUGGCGGUAGUGAGCAAACGUCAAACUCAAACAAAAACUAUACGAGCGCCACAGUUGGGCAGUUGGCCAACUAUCAAAUUUUGAAAAAGACCGUUAAAUCGGUGUACGAUGAGAAUUAUCAGAGUGUUACGUCUGUUUGUCUGUGAUACAUGUAUUGGAGGCCAUGUUGGUUCAAACAGACUUUAUCAAAAGUUAAGGUGCCAAUACACAUGGAAAAAUACGAAGAAAUCUAUUUUUGAUUUUGUCAAAACAUGUUCAAGUUGUCAGAAAAACAAACACACAGUUAAAACAAACGAAAAUUUUGUCCUAACACCCACACCGCAUAAACCUUUCGAUUCAAUUGCCAUGGAUACAAUAGGAUCAUUUACAAAAUCUAAUACAGGAAAUAGGUAUGCACUUACAAUACAAUGCGACCUAUCCAAAUAAAUUAUCAUCAAGGCAAUACCAAAUAAACAAGCAGAAACUUUAGCUAAAGCGUUUGUGGAAGUUUCGUUUUGAUAUAUGGAACACCGUCAAUCAUUAGAACGGAUCAAGGUACCGAGUAUAAAAACGAAAUUUUUGACAAAAUCGCUGAACUAUUACAUAUGAAGCAAUCUUUCUCAACACCUUACCACCCACAGACUAUUGGAAGUCUUGAAAGAUAUACAAGAAGUUCAUAAAAAUAGAGUAAUUAAACUUCACUAAAAAUAAUAUCAAAACAGAAAAAAAUGUAAAAAAAAAAAUAUAAUAAUUAUAGCAAUGUUAUCUCAAAUUCAAGCCAGCAACUUUUAUCGGAACGCUCUGGGCAUUCCUUCUCAAAGGGGAAUGGUGUAGCAUCCCUUACAUCUUUCGCCUUAUUCAAAUCUGUUUCACAUUUACAUCUUGAAAUUCAAUCCUAGAGAACGAAGCCUUAAAUUUAUAGUUUACAUUCCGUUCUCAGUAGGUCAUAAAAUUCCAUUACAAAACACGAUAAACCCGGAAAAAAUUCCGCCAGAGUGAACAAAUAUUGGAUGUCGAGUCAAAGUCGGAUCAAAUUUUAUCAAAUGUUGGACCACUGUUGAACCCACAUCGGAUAACUGUUGAGUCUAUGUUGGGUUUGGUGCCCAAAAUAAAAACAGAUGAAUGAUAGGUUUAUGUCGGGUUAUACGUCAUCAAUUUCGAACAAAGCUUCAACCGUUCAACAAUAAGCUAUUGUGGAUUUACCGGCUACUUGUAUUCUACCGGUUACUUGAGUAGCCGUUACAAAGUAGCCGUUUUCAUAUAAAUAUCAAAUUGAUUGUCAAAAAAUGAAUGUCGCUGAAUAGCUAGUGGCAACGAGGAAUAGCGCAUACAAUACAAAUGUUA